UUGGACUUCCUUGCAGUCAAGUCAUCGUUACCGAAGCUUGGCGUCAACUUAUUGAAAACGAAUAACAUUGUUUGUCUUAUAUUUAUUAAAAAAUUAAGUACUGACGACCAAGGAUACCACUUAGCGUAUAGUGCCGUAGGAAGUCAUCUAGUAUCAGAGUUGAAUAGGGACUAGUUUCAAGGGCGUAGUACUAGGUAUGGGCCGCGAAUCGACGCAAUGAAUAGGGAGAGCGCAACGGUUGGGGGGUUGCGGCAGACUGACGCACGGCACGGCACGACACGGCGGUAGACGCGCACGGCGAUUGUUGUGACAGCAAUUUUCAGCAGCUGCUUGGUUCCGCUCUGGCGUAUUGCGAAUACUGAUUAAUUUGGCCGAGUGAAAAGAACAAGCUUUCCCUUUGAAGCCCGCUUGCGUCGCAACGCAUCGGCUGAACAUGAAGUUCCAGUACAAGGAGGAGCAUUCCUUCGAGAAAAGGAAGGCCGAGGGCGAGAAGAUCCGACGGAAAUAUCCGGAUCGCGUGCCUGUUAUUGUCGAAAAGGCACCAAAGGCUAAGAUCAGCGAUUUAGACAAACAAAAGUACCUUGUCCCAUCAGAUCUGACCGUUGGCCAGUUUUACUUUUUGAUCCGCAAACGCAUUCAUCUCAGACCUGAGGAUGCUCUCUUUUUCUUUGUCAAUAAUAUCAUUCCACCUACGAGUGCUACUAUGGGUUCGUUAUAUCAGGAACAUCACGAGGAAGACUUCUUUCUUUAUAUAGCAUACAGUGAUGAGAAUGUCUAUGGAAAUUAAAACAUCCAUUGAAAUGAAGAACCAGAAAAAUGAAGAUACGUUGCGAUAUGAAAGUUUCGACAUUAUGAAAAAUCACAAAAUGUGCGAUGUAGUCUAUUUAACGUGCUUUUCAAAAACGAAGUAGGACGACCAAAGAAACAAAGAAUAUACUCUACUCGAUAACUUUUUGUGACAACAUUCGAGAUCCUUAAAAGCCUCGUUUUGCUUUGGGCCACCAAUGGAUGGAAGAAACAUCUUAGCUGCUUGUCCAAUUUGUUGAAAUUGGUGAACAAUAAUCAGAUCAGCUCAACAUGCUACUAAAAUUCAGUCUUUUCAUAGGAAGAAAUUAGUUGUAUACAUUGACCGAGAACGUACGGGGUAAAAGAAAGAAAAUAGCAAUUAUUUCGUAGAAUUAUUAACACUAUUACUAUUAAUCUUUUUACUCGGGUUCCUUUCCGUGUAUAGAAAAUCUAUAAACAGGCGUAUGAAUGAAUUGCAAUUGGCUAAAUACUGCUUGCUGAACUUUGUAAGACAGUGAGAAAGCAUCGCUGUUGGGAAUGUGAACGUUGUGAUAUGAUUUAAUUGUUUUUUAGGCUUAGUAUCGUCCGCAUCGUAUUGUCCAUUUCAAUGGAAAAGGUAGUUUGGAGGAUCAGACGAUAACGAAUCUAUAGUAUAUUGUACAGUGGUGAGAGGGAUGGACAGAAAGCGAGAAAAAAAUUCUCUGUAAUGGCAAAAUGUGGGCCAAUAAAAAAAGAUUAAAAUCGA